CAUAAUGAAAAAAAUAGUCGCUACUGGCUAGUUGGAACUGCAGUGACCUGAACGCCGGCCGUACGAUCGUCGUCCGCUGGCGAAAAACGAUUUAUAAUUUAAGUAUAAGUGUAUCGUCGAGACUGUUGAGGAUCCUGUCCGAUCCUAGUCUCUGUUUUCUCGGAUUUUUCGCUCGAGUCUUCCGAUGAAGACUUGUCAACAGUUCCGCGGACGACGGUCGCGUGACAUCUCCCGUUUGUCUACAUGGUGAUGAUCGUCCAGAAUCAGUAAUCAUUAAAACAUGAGACAGCAGGGAUGGCUGCGCAUUUUGGCGUUUUUAGCAUUUUCAUGGGUAGCGUUUCUUUUGGUGACUGUUAAGCUUGUUAGGCAACAAGAUACAAACGAUUCAGAUUCAUCUCAAAGACUGGCCAGAGCUCUUCGAGAACUUGAUAAAUUACAUAAAAGCAACGCUGAGCUCAAUGCUUUAGUAUUGGAUUUAAAUUACAAUCCAAGAAUAGAUAAUAAGAAAAUUCUUUUGUCUUAUUUCCAAAAUUCUAAAGGAGGUGGACUAAAUGGUCCAUCUGAAGAAUAUGAACUUUCACGUCGCCGUAUAUUUUCUAAUACUAAAGAACUUUGGUACUAUGUUAACUCUGAAUUACAAUCAUUAGUCAAAGAAGGUGAUGGUGUCAAAGUAGAACACAUUUCAAAAAUAAAAGAUAUCAUUAGUGAACACUACAGAUCUUUAUUAAAAGAUGUAACAAGUUUAGCUGAUGUUGAUGGUCAUGCCGUAUGGAGACAACAGGAAUCUGAAAAUUUAAGUAAUUUAGUUCAAAAAAGAUUAAAACAUCUACAAAACCCCUCAGAUUGUGCCAAAGCAAGAAAACUAGUUUGUGAUUUAAAUAAGGGCUGUGGAUAUGGUUGUCAACUGCAUCAUGUCGUUUAUUGUUUUAUUGUUGCAUAUGCGACAGAAAGAACAUUAAUUUUGAGAUCUAAAGGUUGGAGGUAUUCCAAAGGAGGAUGGCAAGAUGUAUUCUUACCAUUGAGUGAUACGUGUCUUUUACCAAAUGGAGAAACAACUAAUCGGUGGCCAGGUCAUCGAAAUACUCAAGUUAUUACUCUACCUAUAAUUGAUUCAAUCAACCCAAGACCUCCUUUCCUUCCUCUUGCAUUACCUGAAGACUUAGCCCCAAGAUUGAAUGUAUUACAUGGAGAUCCUGUAGUUUGGUGGAUAGGCCAAUUUCUUAAGUAUAUGCUCCGACCACAACCAGCCACUAGUAAUAAACUAGAUGAAUAUGCCAAAAAAGUUAAAUUCCAAAAACCAAUUGUUGGAGUACACAUUAGAAGAACUGACAAAGUUGGUACUGAAGCUGCAUUCCAUAAACUAGAUGAAUAUAUGGUCCAUGUUGAACAGUAUUACAAAUAUAAAGAACUAACUGAUAAAGUUGAUAAAAAAAGAGUUUAUUUAGCUACAGAUGAACCAAAGUUAUUUUCUGAAGCUAAACGCAAGUAUCCCGAGUAUGAAAUAGUUGGUGAUGAAGACAUUUCUAAAACUGCAUCAAUCAGCAAACGCUAUUCUGAUCAAUCGCUAAGUGGUAUCAUAACUGACAUACAUUUUUUGUCUCUUAGUGACUACUUAGUAUGUACUUUUUCAUCACAGGUAUGUCGAGUAGCCUAUGAAAUAAUGAACAGUCUCCAUCCUGAUGCAUCAACUCUGUAUACAUCUUUGGACGACAUAUAUUAUUACGGUGGUCAAAAACGCAGGCUUCAUGUAGCCGUAUUACCUCAUAAGGCAAAUGGACCACAUGAAAUGAAUUUGCUAGUUGGCGAUGAGAUUGCUGUUGCCGGUAAUCAUUGGGAUGGUUAUUCAAAAGGAACAAAUUUAAGAACAAAAGAAAGUGGCUUAUAUCCUACAUUUAAGGUGUCCCCAAAAAUUGAAACCGCGCCUUUCGCCAGUUAUCCAGAUGUAACAUUAAGUACUAACGAAUUACAAGAACAAAAAAGGUAACUACAAUACUGAUAAUAUAUAGACUUAUAAAAAUAGGUAACAGUUAUGUGCUCAUAUAGCCUAAAGCUUGGACAAUUAUAUUCUACCAGAUAAAUAACUAUAAAAUAUACAUAUUAUAGAAUAAUUUUAAAAUGUUAAAACAUUUUUAAUUAUUAAAUUAGGUACAAAUAUUUUUAAUGCAAUUAAGUUAAACUAAAUGUUAUAUAACUGUAUUACAGUUAAAUUAAUUUCAAUUUUUCUGUGAUCACUUCUUAAUUUAAUAGGUAUUAAAUAUUAAUUAUUUUUUACUCUCUACUGUAUCAACUAGUCCUUAUAUGCUACUUAAAAUGGCACUUGUAUUGUUAUGCUAUCUACCAACAAAUUAUUAUGGUCAUAUGCUAUUUUUCCCCUGACAAACUGUUAGAAAAAUAGUUCAUGACAUAUUUAAUAUUUAUUUCAUAAAUUACCACAAAUUUUUGGAAUUCAUAUAAAAAUAAAUGUUAAUUUAUUUUAGUAGUCUAUAUCUAAGGUAACCAAUCACAAAACUAUUAAACACAUUUUUUUUUGUAAUCACUUAUCUUAUAGCCAUAGAAGAUAUUCAACUCCAUUUGUUAUAAUCCAAUAUUUGACUAACCUAUUUUUCUAUAGAUACUGAUCUCAUUUGUUUUGAGUUCCGUUAUUUAUUAUUAUUAAAAUAUUUUAGAAUUCAGUGUAACAAUUCAAUAUUUAGAGUUAGUUAAAGAAAUGUCUUAAUAGAUAAAAUUGAGCAAAAAUUAGUUCUUAGACUUACAGAUUGCAAUAUUGCAAUAGUACAAUUGUAGUAAAGAACAAAAGUGCUUAAUAGUUUACUAUAAUAUCUGGAUGGUUACCAAUCUAUUAAAACUAUUUUGACAAAAUUUAUCAUUGUUAGUGACUCAUUAACCCUUAUAAAUAACAUAUCACCCUAAAUUGAUGGUAGAGUAGCAUACACUGAAGUGCCUACACAAUUUACCAUGACCAAUAUGUUGAGACAACUUAAUAUAGUUUUUCUUUUCUUUUGUUGUUGAUUUGUUUAUUUUAUUUUACGUAUGUUAUAUUUUUUUGAAGCAAAAUUUAUUGGUACUCAAGUUUCAAAUUAAAAUAUAUUAGCAGCUUGUUUGUCUUAUUUUUAAUCUUAAGUAUCUUAUCCAAGUAUUAUUUUAGAAAAACUACUGAUUUCUACAUUAUUUUGUAUUUGUAUAUAGUUUAUUAUACAAUUUUUUAUGAAAUAAUAUGUUUAAAUUAUAAAAACAAUAUUUGCCAAAUGUCAAUGUUUUUAAACAGAGUUUGUAUGUUGGUGCAAGUACAAUAAAAGUACAUAAAUUAAUGUUACCAAAUGGUUUUAUUAAAUGUCGAUUAAUAUUUUUUAUUUAUUAUGCUAUAAUAUUAUUAAUUAUUGACAAAGUAUUUUAAUAAUUUAAUUAAACUAUUAAACAAUUGUUGAAUCAUUUCUGAUUUGUUUAUGAGUACCUGAUUAUAUUUUUAGUUCAUGAGUACUCGUGUUGUUUUUGAAAAAUGUGAACAGGUAGAAUACAAUUUAUAUACUUUAUUUUAUUAUCUACGAUAUAUAAGAUAUGGUGUUAUCAAAACUGAUCACUAUCUAAUGAGAAAGUUAAGUUAAGUUGAAAAUUAUUUUGAAAGUAACUAUCUGACUUAACUAGUUGGUUUUAAUUCAUAAUAACUUUCUAACUUAACGAGUUGAAUUAAAUACUUAAAGUAAUAUAAUCUAACGCAUUAAAAACAAAAAAUAACUAAUUAUUUUUGUAGUUAUUUUGCUAUAAUAAAAAUCCUAAUGUUGGUAAAAUAUAAAACUGCCAAGUGCCAACUGAAUAAUAAUUAAUAUCUAGUAUUUUGUUAAAAUAUAUAUAUUUCUUAUCAAUCUUAAUAUAUCUUGUAAGAUUAAGAUCUAGUUUUAAACUACAGCUAUUGCUAUAAAUAAAUAAUACCUAAUUAUUAAUUAAAAAUAAUACUUUACAUUUUAAGAAACAAAUAUUUAAAUUAUAAAAAAAAAAGUAACUUCUAACUAAAAUUAUUAAUUUCCUCUAACUUCUAACUAAGAAAUUUUAAAAAUUCCAUAAUCUAAUAUUUUUUCUUAGUUGAUUGGUUUUUAUGUUAAAGUUAGUUAUUUUUAACGGGUUCAUAAAAAUUACUUAAAUAUACAGCUUUAGAUAUUAUUUUUCAAUCAAUUACUACUUGUGGGUUGUCCAUUUUGUGGUAAAUAAUGUCUGUUACAUAAGUAUGAUUCAACCUGUGGUCCCCAAACACUUUUCGUCCUUAAUAUAAGAAACUGUAUUUCAUAAUUUAAAAAUUAUUAUAAGAAACAGACAUCUGUAAUGAAAAUUCAAUAAAAUACACUAUAUUGUAGAUUAUGUAAUCUUGUACUAAUAAGAAAAAUAUUAAUCUGAGGCAAGGAAUGUUCUUAAAUUAUUGCAAUUUUAUUAUUUUGUGCAUUUAAUUUGUAUAAUUUUCCCGUAAACUAAAAAAAGGUAAAAUAAAAAUUAGAUUACUCUAUUGUAUUAUUGCUUAAAUAAUUAUUGUAAUAACAACUUUUAGACAACACAGUUUUUUAGUAUAUUUCAUAAUAUUUUAAAUACAAACAUACAAGCUCUGAUUUUUGAACAUGUCAUGUAUAUUUUUUUUUUUUUGAGAUCGUACUGUUAUUUUUAUAUUAUAUUAGCCGAAGUUCAUUAUUUUUAGUUUACUAUAUUUAUUUGUUUUGAAAAAUUCAAUCUGACUUAGGAAACUGAGAAAAUAUGAACUUUGGUAAAGAUAUUCAUUUAUAACACAGUUUUUUUAGGAAAUUGUGUUUAAAUUAAAAAAAAGCUUAUUAUUGAUAUUAUUGACUGUAUGAUCAUAUGUUUCAUGUUCAAAUGUUCAAUAAUAAUUUAUCUUUAUACUCCUAGUAUAUUCUAAAAAUUAAUUGAUAUAGAUGUUUUUUAUUUAUAUAAUUUAUGUGUUUUUAUUUGUAACUAAAAUGGGUGGUUGAUAAUUCUUUGCUUAAAAUAUUACAAUAAUUUUUUAUAAAUAUGUCUUUAUUUUCUUUAAGUUAUCUUCUACCCAUUUAAUAAUUAAAAUAUCAGUAUAUGAACAUACAUCGCAUUAUGUGAUAAAUUUAUUUAAAAUUGUAUUUUCUGAUCUUACUGAAACUGUAGUAUUUGUAAUAUUAAUGAAUAUUUAAAUUUGUAUACAUCUGAUCUCUUAAUUUUAUCAUUCUCGAACAAAUUAUUUCUCUUAUACUAUUAUUUAUACUAUAAUAUUUUGUGUCAAAAAAGAAUUGAUUAUGAUAUAAUUGAUUUUACUUUCUAUUAUUUUUGUGAUUGUAUAAACAUUUACUGAUCAAUACUACUUUUUUAAACUAUAACAGUAUUUUAUGUAUUAUUAUAAAGAAAUUGUUUAUAUUACAUGUAUGACAUCGUA